AUGUCACAAAGUCAAACUUAUUUGGUUACUGGGGGUACGGGAUACAUCGCCUCAUAUGUUAUUCUUGAUUUAUUAGAACAAGGUAAUAAAGUUAGAACAUCAAUUCGUAGUAAAUCUAAAGAAAGUCAAAUUCGUAAAUCAUUAGUUGAAUCUAGUGGAAAUGGAUUAACUAAAGAAAAAGUUGAUGAAAAUUUAGAGAUUUUUAUUGCCGAUUUAGUUAAUGAUGAAGGCUGGGAUGGUAAAUUUGAUGGUGUUGAUUAUGUUCUUCAUAUUGCAUCUCCAUUAACAAAUCCUUAUAGUCAAAAUCUUGAUGAUUUUGUUAUCCCUGCAACUAAAGGAACUAAAAGAGUUUUAGAAUUAGCUGCCAAAUCUCCAUCUAUUAAAAGAGUAACUAUUACUUCAUCGUUUGCAGCCAUUGGAUAUGGUCAUCCAGAUGAUAGAAAGGAGCCAUUUACUGAAGAAGAUUGGUCUGUUAUUAGUGAUAAACUUAGACCAUAUCAAGUUUCUAAAACUUUGGCUGAAAAGGUAGCUUGGGAUUUUAUUAAAGAAAAUGAAGGUAAAAUAAAUUUUCAAAUUACUGUAAUUAAUCCAAAUCUUGUUAUUGGUCCUACUUUAAAAGAUUAUCCUGCUUGGUCAGCAUCAGUUGAAAUCUUUAAGAAUGUUAUUGAUGGAACUUAUUUAGAGAAGGGUUUACCACGUAGAUCAUUUAGUUUAGUUGAUGUUCGUGAUGUUGCAAAGAUUCACAUUGGAUCUUUACAUCAUCCAGGAGCAGCUAAUGAAAGAUUUAUUCUUAAUAAUGGACGUCCAUAUUCUUUCUUAGAAAUUGCUAACAUUGUGAGAGAUCUUUAUAAGGACACUAAUCCGGAAUUAGUGGCUAAGAUUCCUACAAAGGAAGAUUUAUCAACUCCACCAGAUUAUCCAAAGACUGGUAGUAUUACAAAGGCAAAGACUACUUUCCAAUGUGAGCCAACUCCUAAUGAAAUUACUAUUCGUGAUACAGUUGACAAUCUCAUUGCUCUUAAGAAAUUAUGA